CUGUCCCGGCCUGUUCGUGCCUUACUCCUGGCGGCUGUCUGUGGGGCGGGGGGGUCUCCGCCUUCACUCGCCUAGAGGCAGCUCGCCACCUUCCGCUGCUUUAGAAGGCAGGCUGAAAAGGCUCCAGUUGUGAAAAGCACCAUCAGAGACGCACGAGUGCAUUUUAACAUCCAUCAUGGCUACAGCAGAGCAACUGAAUUGCUAUGAUUUUCCAAAGGGCUUUGCGUGGGGAGCAGCUACCGCUGCAUAUCAGAUUGAAGGAGGAUGGGAUGCAGAUGGGAAAGGCCUCAAUGUCUGGGACACAUUCACCCAUCAGGGAGGAGAUAGAGUUUUCAAGAACCAGACUGGAGAUGUAGCUUGUGGCAGCUAUACUCUGUGGGAGGAAGAUCUGAAAUGCAUCAAACAGCUUGGAUUGACUUAUUACCGCUUUUCGAUUUCCUGGUCACGUCUGUUACCUGAUGGGACGACAGGUUUUAUCAACCAGAAAGGAAUUGACUAUUACAACAAGGUAAUCAACAGCUUAUUAGAAAACAACAUCAUUCCAGUGGUGACUCUGUAUCAUUUUGAUUUGCCGCAAGCUGUAGAAGAUCAAGGAGGUUGGAAUUGCGAGAAAACAAUUGAGAUCUUCAAUCAUUAUGCCCAGUUUUGCUACGAAACAUUUGGAGACCGAGUCAAAUUUUGGAUCACUAUUAAUGAGCCUCAUGUAGUUGCGAAACUCGGCUAUGAAGAAGGUCUUUUUGCUCCAGGUAAAAAGGAACCCGGUCUUGGAGCUUAUCGAGCCGCUCACAACAUGCUAAAAGCACAUGCUAAGGCCUGGCACACAUACAAGAAUGAUUUCAAGAACAAGCAAAAGGGCUUUGUCUCCAUUGCUAUUGAUUCUGAUUGGGCUGAGCCCUAUGAUCCCAAUUCUGAAAAAGAUAAAGAAGCAACUGAAAGGUAUUUAUCAUUCUACGUUGGUUGGUUUGCCAAACCAAUCUUUGUUGACGGCGAUUACCCAGAAAUAAUGAAAACUGUGGUCUCCAAGAGAAGCAAAGCGCAAGGUCUACAAACGUCCAGACUUCCAGAAUUCACAAACGAAGAAAAAAACAUGAUAAAAGGCACAGCGGAUUUUUUUUGUCUGAAUUACUACACUAGUCGGAAGAUAAGACACUGUACGUCUUCAGCAGAUGAGUCGAGCUGUACUUCCGACAUAGCAGCGGAGCGCAUAAAGGAUCCUGACUGGCCCGAGUGUGGCGUUGAAUGGUUAGCUGUGGUUCCAUGGGGCCUUCGUAAACUCUUGGCAUAUAUUAAGGACACAUUUGGCAAUCCGACCAUUUAUAUUACUGAAAAUGGAUUUGCACAAAACGAAUCCCCAGUGAUAAAGGACGUGCAGAGAUGGACAUAUUUUCAAGAGACACUGACGGAAAUUUUGAAAGCCAUCAGACUGGAUGACGUUGAUGUCAAAGGAUAUUUUUGUUGGUGCCUGCUUGACAAUUUUGAGUGGAUAUCGGGAUUCAGUGUCCGAUUUGGGCUUUUUCAUGUGGAUUUUGAUAAUGCAGAGCUUCCAAGGACUCCAUACCAUUCAGCAAUAGAAUAUUCCAAAAUUGUUAAAAGAAAUGCAUUAACAGGCCCAGGAGAAACUGUGGCAUCUCUGAAUAAUUAACCUAUAGGAUAAAUAAAAGGUAACGCAUAAUCAUAAUGAAACACAAAAUUAUUUGCUUCGAAUACGUUCGCUUUUAAUGCCUUAGCAAAUUAGAUCUUUAGGGACAACAAGGAUCCUUUAAAAUAUAAUGUAAUAAAGCUGUAGUGAUUUAAGAAAGGGCUUAUUAUCUAA